AUGGCUCUCUUCCAGGUCAGAGCGGAGCAGGAAACAACUGGGCAAAGGGCCAUUAUACGGAAGGUGCUGAAUUAGUUGAUUCUGUGUUAGAUGUUGUAAGAAAGGAGGCAGAAAGCUGUGAUUGUCUCCAGGGCUUUCAGCUUACUCACUCUCUCGGUGGUGGUACAGGCUCUGGCAUGGGUACCCUCCUCAUCAGCAAAAUUCGUGAAGAGUACCCAGACCGAAUUAUGAAUACUUUCAGUGUUGUACCCUCCCCUAAAGUAUCAGAUACUGUAGUAGAGCCCUACAAUGCCACACUCUCGGUGCACCAGCUUGUGGAGAACACAGAUGAAACAUACUGUAUUGAUAACGAAGCCCUCUACGACAUAUGCUUCAGAACACUGAAGUUAACUACUCCAACGUACGGUGAUCUGAACCAUUUAGUGUCAGCAACCAUGAGCGGUGUCACCACCUGCCUGCGAUUCCCAGGCCAGCUUAAUGCUGACCUGCGGAAGCUGGCGGUCAACAUGGUUCCCUUCCCCCGUUUGCACUUUUUCAUGCCUGGUUUUGCCCCGCUCACAAGCCGUGGGAGCCAGCAGUAUCGGGCUUUAACUGUGCCAGAGCUAACACAGCAGAUGUUUGAUGCAAAGAAUAUGAUGGCUGCCUGUGACCCACGUCAUGGCCGCUAUCUGACGGUAGCUGCUGUUUUUAGGGGCCGUAUGUCAAUGAAAGAGGUCGAUGAACAAAUGCUGAAUGUUCAGAACAAAAAUAGCAGCUAUUUUGUUGAAUGGAUUCCUAAUAACGUUAAAACGGCUGUCUGUGACAUUCCACCUCGUGGCCUGAAAAUGUCUGCCACCUUCAUUGGUAACAGCACAGCCAUCCAGGAGCUGUUCAAACGCAUUUCUGAGCAGUUCACCGCCAUGUUCCGCCGAAAGGCUUUCCUGCACUGGUACACUGGUGAGGGCAUGGACGAGAUGGAGUUCACAGAGGCCGAGAGCAACAUGAACGACCUGGUAUCUGAGUAUCAGCAGUACCAGGAUGCUACAGCUGAGGAGGAGGGGGAGUUUGAGGAGGAGGCUGAGGAAGAGGCAGAGUAAAAGCUAUGCAGAUGAACACCUGUAAAUUUUGUUUAAAGCUGUAUGAACUCUUUCAUUCAAAACUUCUCUGUCUGUGUUGUGUUCCUCUUCCUGUCUCAAAGUCACUUCAGAUGCUGUACAGGCACCAUUAAAGCAUUUUUCA